AUGCCCACAACUCCCACAUCGCCAACUAUGCCUCUACCAUCACCUUGCUCGCCUCGUUCGGCCGCAGUCGAGCCCGGAUCAGCUGCAUUAUCGCCAGUGAUGACACUAUUCUCUCCAUCUUCACAUAUCGAUUCUGUUAAGAGCGAUUUCGCCAUGACAAGCCCGACGUGGGCCCCUGCAAACCACUCUGUAUGCCGCCGCAACAGCCUCACCACACCAGUCGCAUCUCCUCAGCAGGCUUCAUUCUUCGUGAGCACGCCAGAGAGAGCAUACUUUCGAAAACAACCCAUUUCACCCAUCCCUUACACCGAUGGUCGCCAAAGUCGUCUCUCCCAACAUAAUCCGCCGAGCAUUGAUCGUGUCCUGACUCUCCCUCUGCGCGUCAACACGAGCUUUUACAAUCCCGCGACUACAAAGGACGAAGAAGACCAGUCGCCCGCGACAGCCCUGUUCCACGGCAGCGAAGAGAUGGACUGGUCGCCAGCGUCCUCGUCACCAUCUCUGACGCCAUCACCACGCUCAUCCUACAGUCACACUCACACUCACACCCGCAGGAGCCGCAGCUUAAGCAGCAAGGUCGUCGGCAGCAAUAGGCCACAAAACCUCUCCUCUUCAGUGUCUUCACGCUCACCGAUCCGCAAACGCCAACGCCCGACACGUCCGCAGUUGUCCUCCCUCGUCCUGCCUAAACCACCGCCACGGUACCAUGUCAUCGUGUCAGAAGACACACUGUCACCCGACUCCCUCCGCGCGAGAAUCCAAUACAUGCAGAGUGUCGAGCACCUCCGAGCACCACUUGUUCCCUUGAUCUCGGUGUCGACGGGUCUUGCACACCCCGCCUUUCCCACCACCCUCCUGCAGUACCACCUCCUCACGCACUCCCAGCUGGACAGUCUGGCGAGAUGGUACCACCAGGUCACACCCGCCGUGGACGAGACGUUCAUGUAUCCUGCUUGGAUCCCCGCGUGGACGUCUCUGGACGAAGCGUCAAGUCACGACAACAAUGUCGUCUUGGAUAACGCAGCCGCAGAGGGUGACGGUGAAGAUGCGAGCGACGACGGGCUGGAUCUCGAAACCAAGAGACGUCGGUUCGGGAGGUUCAUCGGCCUGAGAGGGUGCGAGAGUCCCGUCCCGAGUGGACCCGAGGACGAAACACCAAGUGAACUGGCCAGACGCAUGGAGAGGGAGUGGAGGCGUGCUUUGGAACGCGCAGAGGACGAUGAGAGAUUGUGGGAGAAGAGUUGGAGGGGAAGGUGGUAGUAUUUUCUCCGACUUUUUCUUUCCUUGGUUCGUACUAUUGUCAUGUCACCUGAGCUUCUUGGGAGUGUGACUGCGAGAUGUGAGGGCGAGAACUACAACGCUGGUCGUGCGUGUUUGGGUUAGGUGGUCAGUCGAUUCAGAUCAUGAUAGAUUUUUCAAAUUGAAGGCGGUUUCUUUACU